UCACGUAGGGACAUACCAUUACACGGUACAAAGGUACGCACACUCUGCGUGUCGACAUAGCCAAGACCUGAGUUCGCCCCAGCAGAUACCAGUGCUGUUGGCAUAACAGUCCGGUUUGCACAGUCUACGUUCCCAUAGGAAAGCCUGUCUCCUUCCAGCAGGACCACUACGCUCUUGCAGAGACGUGCCAAUGUUCAGACGGUUGUGGAAACCAGUUGUGGGCACUGCCGUAUUGGUUGGUGCGCCAGGCUACCUCUACUUCAAGUACACCUCCAAGCCCAAGCCAAGAGAAACAUUUGACCUCUCCGUGAGGGUUAGAGGACCUGACGGCAAAGCCUCUAUGUCCACUCGUGCCAUUCAACUUCUAAUCAAAGAAGAAGUCGAGGAGCGGUUACAUGAACGUGCCCAAGCGACGUCGGUCUUACGUCGUGGCAUUGUUUGGAAGCAACAUACAGCACAUCUCGCGUCGAAUAACCCAAUAGAGGACGCUAAUGCAAGCAAGAUUGUGGAACGUGAUCCAUCAGAGUUGUCUCCUCCAGGAGACAUACUAUUCUUCGCUGUCAUGGAUGGUCAUGGAGGUUAUCACACUUCACGUCUACUGUCGCGGGUUCUCAUUCCAGCAGUCGCUCUUGAGCUUGACCUACUCAUUCGAGAGCCAUCCGCUAUCAUUCCGAAGUCGGGAACGUUGACGAACUUAAAAGCCCUGCUGUCUCCCGCCGCGGCUACCCAGAUACCAUUCGACGCGAACCCUCAAUUUGUAUCUCUUGCAAUACAGAGGGCAUUCACGAAUCUGGACUCAGAAAUCGUCGACGCUCCUCUUCGAUUUCUAGCUCAGACCAUGGUACAAGAAGGCACUAAGGAGCAGCCUAUACCGGACCUGAGCAAGCACCCAUUGGCGGAGGCCAUGUUGCGGCCUGCCAUUUCAGGUAGCUGCGCGCUGCUCGCAAUGUUUGACACAGCACACAAGAAUCUCUAUGUCGCGUUGAGUGGAGAUAGCCGUGCAGUUGCUGGUGUAUGGGAACAAACGCCCGAUGGAGCCGGCUUCUGGCGAGUUGACGUGCUCACUGAAGACCAGACCGGCCGUAAUCCAAAUGAGCUGCGAAGGAUGCAAGCCGAGCACCCCGCUGACGAAGCUGACACUGUCAUCAUGAGAGGACGUGUUCUCGGUGGGCUCGAACCCAGCCGUGCAUUUGGCGAUGCGCGGUAUAAAUGGCCGGCUGACGUUCAAGCCCUUCUGAACAAGGCAUUCUACGAGGGCAGCGGCCAGUCCAUGCGGCCUACUCCCGCGCUGCUCAAGACACCACCAUACGUCACGGCGCGUCCGGUGGUGACACAUCGCGAUCUUUCCUUCCUCCCUUCUUCCGGCUCUGUGCCUAAACAGAAACCCAAAUCGACAAUGAAGUUUGUCGUGCUCGCUACUGACGGUCUCUGGGACGAGUUGACGUCCGAGGAGGUCGUCGCGCUAGUAGGUGGGCACCUCGCUGGGCUCAAGGGCACAAUUUCCAAGUCGGAGCUGUCGCACCUCGUACCGACGACGACGGGCAACACGAUUGAGGGCAAGGAUAAGCGGCAGCGGAGUGCUGAAGAGAGCUCUUGGGCCUUCGUCGACAGCAAUGUCAGCACGCACUUGAUCAGGAACGCGUUUGGUGGUGGAGAUGAGGUGAAGCUGAGGCAGCUGUUGAGCAUCCCGUCGCCUUUAUCGAGGAAAUACAGGGACGAUAUUACUGUGACGGUCGUGUAUUGGGAAGAGGGCCAAGAGGAUAAUGCAAGGACGUCUACGUUUACGACUAACGAUCAAGUCAAGGCUAAGCUGUAAUAGUAGCCGAAUAAACAGACCCCAUCUUUC